AUCAGAAUAUCAUUAGUGAAUUGUGGUCGCAUUUUUUUCUUUGCAAAGAAAAUAUAUGAUAACCUUAAUUACUUGGAUAGUAUAAAAUGUGGUAAGUUUUUGGGUUGUUACAUUUGAGCCGAUCGCCUCAAAUUAUCAGCAUUUCGUAAAAUGUUCUUCAAAGUUUUCUUAUUAGCUGCCUUUUUGGCUUUGGCUACUGGUGAACAAAAUUUUGAGUUCCAAUACAACCAGAACGGUCAGCAGUACUAUUCUGGAGAGCCUCCACAAUAUGAAUUAAAUCAGGAACCUCAUUCUACUCAAUACCAAGGACCAUAUGCUUAUAAAAACCGAGGAUACCCAAACCAGUAUGCAGGACAAUACCCAUACCAGUAUCAAGGACAGUAUCCAUAUCAAUACCAAGGACAAUAUCCAUAUCAAUACCAAGGACAGUAUCCAUAUCAAUACCAAGGACAGUAUCCUUUCCAAUACCAAGGGCAGUACCCGUAUCAGUACCAGGGAAAAUACCCAUAUCAAUACCGGGGACAGUACCCGUCCCAAUACCAAGGACAGUAUCCAUAUGAGUACCAAGGACAGUAUCCAUAUCAGUACCAAGGACAGUACCCAUAUCAGUACCAAGGACAGUACCCAUAUCAAUACCAGGGUCCUAAUGCUAACCAAUACCAGAGCCAGAGUGAAAACCAAUACACAAUAUCAGGGUUUCCUUACAACUACUACCGACUUCUGGAAGCUAAUUAAACUCCAAAUAAAUCCACCAAUUUUCCAACUACUAUAGAAUUACACUUAUCAGAACGAUUUAAUUUUUACCUAAAAAAUUUGAACAUUUUAUACAAUAAAACUAUAUCAC